AAACACAGAAACCUCCAUCAUUUUCCCAACAUAUUCUAAGAAUCUUCUUCUCUCUCUUUACUACAAUUAAGCUACAAAAUACCUUUCAAGUCCCUCACAUGUGGAGCUAGUUGUUCAUGACAUUGAUCACUUUCUGAUAACUUCUAUGCCUACAACUGCAAAUUCCUGAGCUGGAGGUACCACUUGCCUUUACCCACCCACUACUUGUAUUGUCACCAUGUGUGUGCAGGACGGUGAGCAAGUUGCUCAAGAUAUGGAGGGAGAAGUUGAUAACAACAGAAGAAGGGUGUCAUGGCCUUUGCAUUGUGUUCCCUUGCAUACCCAGAUGGAAAACAUGGAAAAAGACUCUUCUCAAAGAGACCAAUUCAGUGUUGCAAAUUCAUUUCCUCUGGAAAGCAUAUGUGAGGAUGCAGAAACUACCGAGAAAAAACAUAACAUGAUGAAUUUUGUCCCUACUCUUCGGUCUGGAGAGUGGUCUGAUAUUGGAGGUCGCCCUUACAUGGAGGAUACCCACAUAUGCAUUGGAGACUUGGCAAAGAAAUUUGGAUAUAAUGUGCUCGGCGAGGAAGCCAUUUCCUUCUAUGGUGUAUUUGAUGGACAUGGAGGGAAGAGUGCGGCACAAUUUGUCCGUGAUCAUCUGCCGAGGGUGAUUGUUGAGGAUGCAGACUUCCCUUUGGAACUUGAGAAGGUGGUGACAAAGUCAUUUUUGGAGACUGAUGCAGAGUUUGCUAAGACAUGCUCUAGUGAGUCUUCGGGUACAACUGCACUCACUGCAAUUAUAUUGGGAAGGUCUUUACUUGUAGCCAACGCCGGAGACUGCCGCGCUGUUCUAUCCCGGUCUGGAGCGGUCAUGGAAAUGUCCAAGGAUCACAGGCCCUUGUGCAUGAAAGAAAGGACGCGGGUCGAGUCUCUAGGAGGAUUCAUUGAUGACGGCUACCUGAAUGGUCAGUUAGGUGUCACUCGUGCUCUAGGCGACUGGCAUCUUGAAGGAAUGAAGGAAAUGAGUGGAAGAGGAGGACCCUUGAGUGCCGAGCCUGAACUUAAACUGGUGACACUGACCAAGGAAGAUGAAUUCCUGAUAAUCGGCAGUGAUGGAAUCUGGGACGUUUUUCGCAGCCAAAAUGCCGUUGAUUUUGCUCGAAGGAGGCUUCAAGAGCACAAUGAUGUGAGACAGUGUUGCAAGGAAAUUAUAGGGGAAGCAAUGAAGAGAGGAGCAACAGACAACUUGACAGUUGUGAUGGUGUGUUUUCACUCAGAUCCACCACCACCUGUGGUUGUUGAAAGGCCUAGAUUCAGGAGAAGUAUAUCUGCUGAGGGACUGCAGAAUCUUAAAUGUCUGCUAGAAGGAUAGAGCAUUCUUCUCUGCAAGAUGAUUUUUCUUCUAUUGUUUUUUGAGCUGAGAAUGUGUACAUAAAUUUAUCUGUACCUUCCCACUUCCUCUUGUCAUUGAUCCUUAAGGGGAUAGAGAAAGAUACUAACUGGGAUGCCAAAUUCAAAUAAAAUGUAUACCAUUGUAUGGUUGUUUUUUUCCCAUUGUUACUGGGAAAAUAUGUAUAUCUUGGACAAUGUGAGUUGUGCAAACAACAUGACAAGCAUUUAAUUUCUCAGUAAUUUAAUCUGUUUUGCUGUCAAGCAUCUUA